AAGGAGAGAGAGGGCUCGACGAGAUAAGCAUAGGGAGCAGAGAGAAAGAUUCGGGGAGGGGAGGAAGAACGCUUCAACCCUAGAUCAAAUCCGAUUCAAAGAUCUCCCCUUUCCGUUGCCAUAAAGGGGAAGAGUCGAAGAAUCGGAGAAAAGGUUUUGUUUUUUAAAUCUGGGUUUUGAUUGUUCCUGUGAAAUCCAGAAAAAAAUUCCAGAUUUGGAACCCUUCGUUUCCUCUCUGUUGAUCGGAUCUUCUUCUCUCUGGGCUUCAACAAUGGCGGAGGUCACAGACAAGAAGAAGUACAUUACGAGCGAGGAUCUGAAGAAACACAACCAGCCGGGAGAUCUAUGGAUCUCGAUUCAGGGCAAGGUAUAUGACGUUACCGAUUGGGUGAAAUCCCAUCCCGGAGGCGAUGCUCCGAUCAGAAAUCUCGCCGGACAAGACGUCACCGACGCGUUCAUCGCUUACCAUCCGGGCACCGCCUGGGCCCACCUCGACAAGUUAUUCACCGGUUAUCACCUCCGUGACUUCCAUGUCUCCGACAUCUCUCGGGACUACCGCCGCAUGGCCACUGAGUUCACGAAACUCGGUCUCUUCGAGAACAAAGGUCACGUGACCGUCUGCACCCUCACGGGCGUCUUCCUCAUGUUCAUCGCUGUCCUCUACGGCGUCUUGGCCUGUUCCAGCGUCUGGGCCCACUUCCUCUCCGCCGUUGUCCUCGGCCUCCUCUGGAUCCAGAGCGCCUACGUGGGUCACGACUCGGGCCAUUACAACGUCAUGACGAGCCGUGGCUACAACAAACUGGCUCAGCUUCUCUCCGGCAACUGUCUCACCGGAAUCUCGAUCGCGUGGUGGAAGUGGACCCACAAUGCCCACCACAUUGCCUGCAACAGCCUCGAUCACGACCCAGAUCUACAGCACAUCCCUGUCUUCGCCGUCUCGACCAAGUUCUUCUCCUCGAUGACGUCGAAGUUCUACGGUCGGAAACUCGACUUCGACCCAUUGGCCCGGUUCCUCGUCAGCUACCAGCACUGGACGUUUUACCCAGUGAUGUGCGUCGGUAGGGUGAAUCUCUUUAUCCAGACGUUCUUGCUCUUGUUCUCGAAGCGUCACGUCCCCGAAAGGGCACUGAACAUUGCGGGCAUUUUGGUGUUCUGGACAUGGUUCCCUCUCCUGGUCUCUUGCCUCCCCAACUGGCCGGAGAGAUUCAUGUUCGUGCUGACGAGCUUCACCGUCACGGCGCUGCAGCACGUGCAGUUCUGUCUGAACCACUUCGCCGCCGACGUGUACACAGGCCCGCCCAACGGGAACGACUGGUUCGAGAAACAGACAGGUGGGACAUUGGACAUAUCAUGUCGGUCGUGGAUGGACUGGUUCUUCGGCGGGCUUCAGUUUCAGCUCGAGCACCACCUGUUCCCGAGGCUGCCGAGAUGCCAUCUCCGGCGAGUUUCUCCGGUGGUUCGGGAACUCUGCAAGAAGCACAACCUUCCGUACAGGAGCCUGUCGUGGUGGGAGGCCAAUGUGUGGACCAUUAGGACGCUGAGGACAGCGGCGAUUCAGGCCAGGGACGCGGCCAACCCCGUUGGCAAGAACUUGGUCUGGGAAGCUGUCAACACACAUGGCUGAGUCCAAGAUUUUUGUUUCCUUUUUCUUAAAGUUUUUGUUUGCUUUCAUGGUUCUUUUUCAAUAUUCUGCUUUAUUUUGUUAAGAAAAAAAAAACAGCUGGAAAAUCUGAUAAAGGGGUUAUUUUUUUAUCAGAUAACCGUUUACAUUAUA